UACUUAUUACACAGCUGUACACAAAACAACCCAAAUAGCUGUUAACACCCACUCCACCUCCUCCUCAUACAUUCACUCAUAUUAUAUUUGCCUCAAGUUCCAGUUCCAGCUCAGACAGAACGUCUGAAGCUUUGGACCGAGUCUUGGGACAGCCGUAGUUUGGAUGUCGGAGCGAUCCGUGAUGAAGCAGGUUUGACGAAUAAAUCCGCUGAUUAGCAGGAGAAUCAGAAUUUGGUGGAGCUGCUGUUGAGGGUUUAGAGGAGGAUUGGUCAGGGUGCUGCCAGGACCGGGUCUCUCUGAGGGAUUAAACCGCAGUACCCCCCCCUCGUUCAUCCCCUCUCUUUCUCUCCAUCCUCGCUCGCUCAGCUCAGCUCUGGCGUCUCCUCUACUGUAAAUGAGAAACGGAGUUAUUUACGGCCUCACACCAGCUGCUCGCUUUUCUUUGCAAAUGAGCUCAUCAGCACUGGAGCAGCUGUGUUACUGUUGUCAGUCCUCCCAGCUCUCAAUCUUCUUCUCUUUUCUCUUUUCCAGUUCGAGAGGAACGACCCCACCAACGGCCGCAUCUCAGAGAGGCAGUUCGGCGGCAUGCUGCUGGCCUACAGCGGCGUCCAGUCCCGCAAACUCAAGCAGAUGCAGAAAGGCCUGAAGAAGAUGUUCAAGGAUGCACAGGUGAGUGUCUGACCUAAUUGGCCCGUAUGUGGAGAUGGCGGACAGACGGUGAGAGCCUGAGGGAGAGGAGAUUAUUCUGGAACACUGAGAUAAUACAUCGGUGUGAGAGAGAGGACGGCACAUUCAGACCUGACCGACACUCACUCUCCCAGACUCCUUUAUCUCCGUUUGAAGGGACCGAAUCCAGAACAGUCAGAGCCCAGAGGACGCCAGACACGUCUCCUAGUCCCUUCUUUGUUUCCUUUGAAGCCCUCUCCUUUCCCGCUCCACUUCCUCAUUGAUCUACUCGAUCAUCGACUCUUUAAACUCUCCAAUUUACCUCAAACCACGAAGAGUAACGCCACGUUUUUUCAGAAGAGUUUAGACUUCGUUUUUCCUCGACCACAGACACGAACGCAGUCACCUGUCAGAGUAAAAGAGCCUGAAGAUGAUUCCUCUGGAUUUCUGUUUUAAGACUGUUAUCAUCACAUCUCAGCUGCGUCUCACUUCUCUAAAGCUGCAUCCUUGCAUCCUUCACUUGCGCCCUUUCCUCAAUGGAGUUUUAAGGAAAUGAGUGUAGGAGACAAGGAAGCAGAAAUGAGAGAUGUGAUGAUAGCAUCAGCUGAUCACCGCCGGACGCUGGUUAAAGAUCCUUCUCACUCACUGAGAAAAAAAACAGAAUUUGUACAUACAGUAGAAAUUCCCUCACUACUCUUUAAAACUGAGGAUGCAGCAUCUAGGAUUUCCAGUUCUUCGUUGAAAACGUCUCAAGUAUGUCCAGUUGUCCUUUCCAUGCGGUUGAUGUCGGCCGAGUAUUUUUCAUUAAAGUCCGAAAAAGAUAUUGCAGCUGAGUACAAAACUUGUCAUGCAGACGUUUGUGCCAAUAUCGGAUCAAUAUCAGUAUCGGGACACUGAUAUUUAAAACAGCUUUAUAGUGUUUGAGUCAGAGAUCAGGAUGGGGACUAAAACCUGGUUCUGAUACAGAAGAUCUACCACGCCAGUUUUUACCGCUUGUCUCCACAUUUAACUCGCACCAGCGUCCAAAAAAACCCCUAAUUUCAUCACUAUUCAGCGUCCGCCUGAAUCUUUAAAUCUCGGCUCCUUUCCCACUGAUUUAACGUCACAAACGGCUCAUGGGUGUUACUUUUUACACAGCUGUACAAAAAACAACCCAAAUAGCCGUUAACACCCACUCUCACUCCUCCUCAUACUUUCACUCAUAUUAUAUUUGCUGCAGUUAUAAUAAUCUGCCUCCAGCUUGAAGCCUCAAGUUCCAGUUCCGGCUCAGACAGAACGUCUGAAGCUCUGGACCGAGUCUUGGACACGAAUCUCAGGACAGCCGUAGUUUGGAUGUCGGAGCGAUCCGUGAUGAAGCAGGUUUGACGCUGAAAUCCGCUGAUUAGCAGGAGAAUCAGAAUUUGGUGGAGCUGCGGGUUUAGAGGAGGAUUGGUCAGGGUGCUGCCAGGACCGGGUCUCUCUGAGGGAUUAAACCGCAGUACCCCCCCCUCUCUUUCUCUCCAUCCUCGCUCGCUCCGCUCAGCUCUGGCGUCUCCUCUACUGUAAAUGAGAAACGGAGUUAUUUACGGCCUCACACCAGCUGCUCGCUUUUCUUUGCAAAUGAGCUCAUCAGCACUGGAGCAGCUGUGUCUCUUUAUGUGUGUACAUGUGCAUAUGUGUGUGUGUGUGUGUAUUUGUGUUCGGCCCAAAGUGGCGUCGUGGUUGUCAUGAAAGAUGUUGGGCUGAUUUUUCAGCGGACGGCGGCGGCUGCGGCGGCGCUCCGAUCGCUCAGGCGAAGGAUUGGUCGGUGAUCCGUCAAAGUUUUUUUAAUCUUUGUCACUUUUUUCUCCUGCAGGGAAUCACAUUCGAGGAGGUGGAGAACUUUUUCACCUUCCUGAAGAACGUGAACGACGUGGACACGGCGCUGAGUUUCUACCACAUGGCCGGAGCGUCCAUCGAUAAAGGUACUCCCUCCGUUCGCCCUUUCUCUCUCUCUCCCUCUUAGACUCGACCGUUGUCACGUUCACGCUCCGUCUCUCAGAGUCGUUAACGCUCAGCUGAUCUGCUUUUUUCCUGAUUCAGCCGUUCGUCAUCUGCUCGUCUGUCCGCUCGUGUUUCUCCUCUUCCUCCAGGCCUGUCAGAGGGCAUGGACACAUGGACACAUGAACACAUGAACACAUGAACACAUGACAGAGUAUCUCUCAUGGACACUGCAGUGUUGUAAUGUCUAGUGACACAUGCAGACAUCAUGACUGCAGGAGGAGGAGCUGACCGGGAGCUGCAUGGAUGCUCUUCUGAAGUUCCUGCAUGCAUGAACGCUUGUGCACUAAAGGGUUAAAUCAGAUUUUCAAAGCUCUCUAAAGCGAGAAGAUAAAAUGGCGUCCUUCUGAGAGUUACGUCUCCUUUUGUUGAAACAGAGAAGAUAACAGAUAAAUGUACUUUAGUGAUCCUGAACCUGGAAACUGUGAAAGAAUGAAGCUCAAAAAUACAACAGAAGGUUCUGAGAACGUGGAGGAGGACAAGACCAGGAGGUUUGGACCAGCAAAAUGGGAAACCUGAAAGUUGUUUCUCCAAAAACCAAAAAGGUGCAAACGAGACAUCUAAAGAGAGCGUAACCGCACAAACACCCAACAAUGAUCCUUCUGUUUCAAGCUGCAAAAAGCUCCAGAGUUACGUUUCAUCCUGCACCUUCAACCACCUUCAACGUUUCUCAAUUUAACCAGGAAAGAAGAGAAGAGAGAAGAAACAGAGAAGGUGUGUUAACCCGCUCAAAAACAAGACAGACAUGAGAGAGAAAACAAACGAUCGAUUGAUUUCUGUAAAAGGUUCAUGAAUCGAAGACGAUGAUGAUGAUGGAAAAAAGCGUGAAGACGACAAAUCUGGUGGUUUUAUCUUCUGUAAACGUCAGUGAAUCCAGGAGACGAGUCAGAACCGCAUCAGUCCAGGACUCUUCUCCUACAGAGCCAUGCUGUUGUCAGGAUGUGGUUUGGGAUCCUCUGAAGGUCUUCUCUGAUUGUCUGGAUGGAUGCAGAUGUUGCUCCUAAACCUGGAGAUGUUGAAAAACUGAGGAUGCAGCAUCUAUGAUUUCUAGUUCUUCGUUGAAAGGAAAACUGGACUGACUUGAGAGGCGAAAAGUCUCAAGUAAGUCCAGUUGUCCUUUCCAAAAAGAGUGUUAGAUUUUGAUCCAUCAGACCUCAGAGGAGUUCGCGGAGUAGUGAUAUUAAGCUCAUGCGGUGACUCCAACUACAGAGUCCUGAUUCUCCUAAACCUGGAGAUAUCGUUCAGCAUUAAUGGAGCCUUCAAAGAUGUGGAAGAUAUCCAGGACAUGGACUCUGAUGAUCCGCAGAGAAACAGAAAGAAGUCGGUGUAAAUUGACACGUUAACUUGAAUGGUUACGAUCGGAGGAUACGACCUUUUAGGAGACGAUCAGGAUGAAGGUGGAGGUUGAGGGUUGGGCGAAACGUCUCAAGUCAGUCCAGAGUCCUGUCUGAUUUUGAUGCACCUGAAGAUCAGGACCAUCCCUUCCUGGUUUUGGUCUUUGUCUCUUAAGUGCAGAGGUUUCUCUGUUGUAAUGAGUCUGUUGUCAGUUUUCUAACUCUGUGAUGAUUGGACGGAUUAAACGCGUUUGUUGUUCGUUGUAACCCUGGAGUUUGUACGAAGACAGACUCUGAAGACUUUGUGUGUUUAAAGCGUCUCCAUCAGAAGGAUGUAAUUACUGAGUGUAAAUGAAGAGGAGGAUCAUUAAUGAGUUUAAUUUGAUGAAAAUCUGACGGAUUAAGACUCAAAAAUGUCCGACUGUCGCUGCAGAGUGCAUCUGUGAUGAUAACUGAAGAAGAAGUCCAAUUAGGGAGCGUCGAAUCGCUCGUUAAUCCGUCUGUAUUUUCUUUAUCUCCAUGAACACGAUGAGGGUCGGCUCUGGCAGAGACGACCUGUAGCUUUUACGAUACGGCGACUGUUUGAUGAGUCAAUCGUCUCUUCGUUUAUUGUCGGGGCUUCAGCCUCCAAUCGGCCUCCAUAUGUUGGCUGUCAGCUCGUCCAUUAGUUCUGAUUCACUGAGGAAACAGCUGCUGCUUUAAGGGGGGGGGGGUGUUUGUUUCCAGAGUCUGGUCUCUGCUGCACGGCAACAAGCCGAGCGUGCCGGAGCGUCGCUGUGAGUCUGAGAGUUUGGCGGCGGUGGCGUGAAGAUCCUCCGGGCGUGUUUCUGCAAAUGAUGUCCAGUCAGAGUCAGAGCGCCGUCCUGCAGGAGCUCCUCUCAGAUCUUUGUUUUGGUCUCAGCGGACUCGUAAAUGUGGCGUUUUCACGGCCUUUUAGGAGACGGCGUGUUAUCAGUGAAGAGAGGGAGAAAAACUUUAAUUAGAUUCACGCCGGAGUGACUCGGCGUUUCUCUUUAACUCUCCUGUUUCAGUUUUCUCUGUUUCUCUUCUCUGAAGUCUGAUAAUCAAUAUUUCUGAUUAAUAUCUCCGACUUUUUCAUCUUCUGUCUGUUUUUCUGAAAUUACUUCACUCUCUGUCGUCUCAUUUUCUCAGUCCCUCUCGUCCUCCGUCUAUUUCCCAUCGCUCUCAGCUGGACGUCCUAAAACCUCUCUCUCUCUCUCUCUCUCCCUCUCUCUCUCUCUCUCUCUCUCUCUCUCUCUCUCUCUCUCUCUCUCUCUCUCUCUCUCUCUCUCUCUCUCUCUCUCUCUCUCUCUCUCUCUUCUAUCAGAUACUCUCUCACUAUCGAUUCGGCUCUCUCACACGCUGUCCUCCACUUUGGGUCUUUUACGAGCUCCUCUCUCUGCUCCUCUCUCUUCUCUCGCUCUGUUUCUCAGACGCUGACUCUCUCUCUCUCUCUCUCUCUGCUCCUCUCUCUGCUCCUCUCUCUUCUCUCGCUCUGUUUCUCAGACGCUGACUCUCUCUCUCUCUCUCUCUGCUCCUCUCUCUGCUCCUCGCUCCGUUCCUCGCUCUUCUCUCGCUCUGUUUCUCAGACGCUGACUCUCUCUCUCUCUCUCUCUCUUCGUCUUUCAGUGACCAUGAAGCAGGUUGCUCGCACCGUGGCCAAAGUGGAGCUGUCGGAUCACGUGUGUGACGUGGUUUUCGCUCUGUUCGACUGCGACGGUAAGAACCCGGUCCUCUGAUACUCAUGUUGACUGUAUGUGAGACGUGAAGUCGUGAUGGAGAGACGAACCGUCAGCAGGUGAAGAAUCAGAGCUCAGAUCAGAGACGAUGUUCGAUCACCUUAAAGACGGCUCGUCCGUACUUUUACAAACUUUCUAAAACUUCAGCUGCUGCAAGAAUCCAGACCAGGACCAGAGAGAGUCCACGUUAGAGUUCUGGGUCCCUCUGUCUCUCAGAAAACUGGUUUACAAAGGUCUCGAUGGUCCAACAGAUUAGUUUUUAAACGACGGUCUGAGGUUUGAGGAGAGUUUAGAUGAUCUUUAAUGAAAUCUGAUUUUUGUGUUUUAUCAGGUUUUUAGAUCAAUUUUGGUUCAUAAAGAUCAGGAUCUAACAGACUUUGAUCUUCCUCCUCCCCCCCUCUUCAUUACCUCCCCCUGUCCGUCACUCCCGCCCCCUGUCCCCCCCGUCUCCACUCUCCCUCAGGGAACGGCGAGCUCAGUAAUAAGGAGUUCAUCGCCAUCAUGAAGCAGCGGCUGAUGCGCGGUCUGGAGAAACCCAAAGACAUGGGCUUCACUCGGCUGAUCCGCGCCAUGUGGAAGUGCGCCCAGGACACGGCCUGGGACUUCGCCUCGCCGAAGACACAAUAA